GGCAGGCAGGACUGAGUUAAAAAGGAGGCAAACCCUUCUGGGAAGAUGAAAUGUUGGAGUCGACAUGGAGUUCACGUAGACAGACCUGGGAACGCGGCGUGCGCCUGACUAAGUGUCGCAAGUGAACUCCUUCACGACAUGGACUAAUCUGAGGACUGGUAUUUGGGGGGACACACACACACAAACAGAUCUCUGAGUUUGGAUCUCUCUGUGGAGCAGUUGCGGGAUGCAGGAGUCUCCGGGGGCCGUGGGUGGAGAUGGCAACUAUGCCAGCAACGUGCCGGCCUUCCUCACCAAGCUGUGGACACUGGUGGAGGAUCCGGACACCAACCAUCUGAUCUGCUGGAGCUCCACUGGGACCAGCUUCCAUGUAUUUGAUCAGGGUCGCUUUGCUAAAGAGGUUCUGCCAAAAUACUUCAAGCACAAUAACAUGGCGAGCUUUGUGCGUCAGCUGAACAUGUACGGCUUCCGAAAGGUGGUGAACAUCGAGCAGAGCGGUCUGGUGAAGCCUGAGAGAGACGACACAGAGUUCCAGCAUUUGUAUUUCCUGCAGGGCCACGAACACAUGCUGGAGCACAUCAAGAGAAAGGUCUCCAUCGUGAAGAGCGAAGACACCAAAGUUCGACAGGAGGAUCUCAGCAAACUGCUCUAUGAAGUCCAGCUCCUCAGAACGCAGCAAGACAACAUGGAGUGUCAGAUGCAGGACAUGAAACAGCAGAAUGAAGUGUUGUGGCGAGAAGUGGUGUCGCUCAGGCAGAACCAUGCCCAGCAGCAGAAGGUCAUGAACAAGCUGAUUCAGUUUCUGUUCAGCCAGAUGCCGUCCAACACACCUGCCACCGCGGGUCUGAAAAGGAAGCUGCCCUUGAUGUUGGACGACGGCCCCAUCGCUCCUCCCGCCUCCAAGCUCAGCCAUAAUAGCUCCAUGGAGCCGCCGCAGGAGCCUUUUUACAUCCAGUCGCCCGCCAGCGACACCUCGUCCACCCCCAGCGGCCUGACAGGGGGACCCAUCAUUUCGGAUGUCACUGACAUCUCACAAGCCAGUGCAAGUCUGCAGAUGCAGUCGGAGGAGAGCAGAGACAAGUGUUUGAUGCUGAUUAAGGAAGAACCUGUCAGUCCUGAAGUGAGAGCAGCAGGAAAAGCUCCUGGAGGAGACGCCGUCGUCUUGACCUCCACGUGUGGGGUGUGCUCCUCAGAACCGCCCGUCCUCCCCGUGGCUAUGGUCCAGUCGGUUCUGGAGGGGAGGGCUUCCUCAGCCUCAGUUGAGAGGAGGAGUAAGAGAGUUUCCCAGGAAAGACUGGACCCUGGCCACACGGUGGAGAACGACAUGAGCCUGGACGAGCUGCAGCAGCUGCUCCUCAGGAGCCAUCAGCACGGCUCCAUGGAGGCUGGACCCAGCGCUGCCAUGGAUCCCUUCACCUUGGGCCUGCCUCUGGCCGACUGGACCUUCUCUGAGAUGGAGUCCAACCUCAAAUCUUACAUGUUCCAAAGUGACGAGGCUGAAGCUUUCCCAGCUGCGACCUGUGAGGAGCAGUGAAGCCCUUUGCUAUGGACUGACCUUUUGAAGAGAAAGCUCCCAGCAGCGGCCGAUCCACUCUUUCCGUUGCAAGGUUGAAAUUCUCCCAUGACUCAACGUCAUCUUGUUUGCGUGACAUCCACCUUCUGUCAUGUGCUUUGCUUUCAAGCUUCCUUGGACGAGAUCUGGCCAGGUGACUGCACUUCAGAGGGACUUCAGAGGAUGGGCAUUUUUCUUCAUUGCUGUAUAGGAGACCGACAAUUGAAUAGUUUGAAUGAAUAUAUCAAUAUUAUGAUCUGUCCUGAUCUCAAACAUUGGCAAGAGGAGUCGCUGAUGAGAAAGUGACAGAUAACUGGUGGGCACAUGCGCUUGGGUCCAACAUUUGUCGCCGUAGAAAGCAGUGUUCUUUGAUUUUGGAGUUGCGUUCAUGGUCUUCCGAUUUUUCUUCCAUUAUUGCUGAGUGUGAAUGAUACCUUCUGGCAGUCUGAGACAGAGUGACUUAUUGUUAUUGCGCUGACGUCCAUCACAGGAGCGUCAUUUUUGCAUGAUGGAGUCAGCUUGAAAGUCACUUCAGUAUUUGCACAGGCCUGACAUGUAGCGACAGAUACUUCAUACUGUCCAUUUGAAUGUGAAGUUGAUUGAUAACAACACUAACAAUGCAGUUUUGCACAAUCUCCAUUAAAUGCAUUUUUUACUGUGUUCACGGGCGUCGGGGGGCAACACAUGCUUCAGGCGUCUCCCUUUCCAACGACACAUUUAGAGUGAGCUGGAAUGUAUUAGGAUACUGUUUCAAAGCACAAGGGGAUGGAACAGUUUGUAGUUAUCCGUCUAUCUUCAAAUCUUGUUUGCUUUUUUAACUAAGUUCCAAAUCCAAACGUGAUUUCUGGGAAUGAGAAGGCUUUAUCGAGACGCGGGGCACUUGAGUUCAGGUAGACAGGCAGGAAGUGACCCCACCAAGGAGGCCAGACUUCCUCCCGAGCGUCUCCGUGUGCGCGCAAGAGCCGCCUCCACACGGAGACGGAGUCGUCCCACUGUAAAGGCAGCUGCUCAGCCUGUGGAGGGUAGAUGAGCGACUCUUCUUUCUCUUCACUGCCACCAUCUUCAUCGUGGCGUCUCCAUCUUCAUAUUCACCCCAGCAUGCACAUGGCACAGCAGUGUUUCAGCUCGUCUCACGCCCCGUCCGUCACCGAGCUGUCAUCCAGGUGAUGCUGCAGUUGGACUGGAUCUAAGUGGCACUUCCAUCUUGGAAGCUUGGAGUUGACUUUCUGAUGUCUCCGUUUCAAGACGGUCUCACUUUUGUGACCGGUUUUCCCCCAAGCUGAGAAGGUCCAGGUCAUCGUUUUGACCUGAUGUGGCUUGUGAAGGCCAAACGUCUGGGAACAACAAACAGGCCUUUCUUUCAUCGGCUCAAGUGAGAAACAAGUUUGCCGUGGCUUCACUUGGUCACCGAACCUUCCGAGACGGACUGCACAGAGCACGGGAGCUGCGUUUCCCCUUUCAGAAUGAAAACACCUUGUGCUAACUGUGAGUGAAAACUUCACUUGGACGAACACAGGAACGUCGACGCAGCAACGGUGAGGUAGACUCCAACUCACCACACGGUCUGAGAUGCACCAGGGUUGGGAGACUUGGUCCCUCAAAAUCAAACGUAACCUUGCUCGAGGCAUCUUGACUGCAGUGGCUGACAUUUGCACUAAACAGAUGGCAGUUGUAUGCUACAUGAAAGUGUUGACUGAGCAUGAAUCCUCCUUCCUCACUACAAUAUGAGUAUUUCUUUUCUGGGAGUGAGUGAGGCACACAUCCGGUUGCUUCUUGCUCUGCUCACUCUCAAAUAUUUGCACUUAAAAUGAAUGAAUGUGUGUUGUGAAAAACAAAACAGCAAAAACAAGUGAAUGUGUGGGGAUUUCAGCUGAGGGUGUGUUUGUGUUGACUGAGUGACCAGAUCGCUGCUUCCAGAAACAUUUCCGACAGCCGCGUUGAGGAGCUGCGUCAGCGACUGUGACACCUGUUCAAGUCUGGCUUGUGUGUUGACAUGUUUUGGAAGCGGCGAUAUCAAUAGACAAUGUGAAGCGUUUUGGUGUACCGACUCCAAUACGCUGCAAACCUAUUCCACCUGUGUUCCAUAUGUUCUGAUUGGAAUA